AUGAUUCAAGACCAGAUUGCGUACGGCACAAGCAACGAAAAGGUCCGUGAGAAACUUCUUCGGUAUAAAGAGUUGACGUUGGCUAAAGCCGAGCAAGUAUGUAAGGCGGCGGAACUAGCCGCAGCGCAGAAAGAAGUCUGGUCACAAGAGAGACAGGUCGACCCCAUGAAAGAAAGCUGGUCCUCCCGGGAACGGCAGAAAGAAUUCCGGUGCAGCCGAUGUGGACGCAUACAUGCCCCGCGAAGCUGCCCCGCAUUUGGACGCAUCUGCAAAAAAUGUGGGGGCGAAAACCACUUCGCGGUGCGCUGCAAGAGUGCGAAGAAAGUAUCGGAAGUCAGAAGUGGUGCCCAAGAAGACGACAGCUUUGAAAUUCUGAACGUGUCAAACGGCAAGCAGCAACCUGACUGGAUGGUGCCAGCGCAAGUCGGCAACACGCAAGGUUUCCUCAAGGUGGACACCGGUGCCCAAGCAAACCUUCUGCCGUAUGGUACGUGGCAGAGACUGCAGCCAAAAGCGCAGCUCAAGUCCAGCAACUCUGUUCUUCGUUCAUAUGAUGGAGCAGUCAUCAACCACCUGGGGAUCGCGAGUUGA